AUAUCCGCGUGUUCUGCACACACGUGCACGUGCGUCCGUCCAAGCGUGCAAGGUGAGCGAGUCGGUGAGUUGCGGAAGUAAUUGUCGUGUAUUUAUUUGCAUUUCCCUCACGCUUUGUAGCGGAACUUUCCAUCGCAUGUUUCAACGAGUCAACGGCAUUGAUGCUGCGACCAUUUCUGAGCCUCCGACUGUCGAAACUGAAGCCGGACUUCUCUAGUUUAGGCCAUAGUUUAGGGGGAGCUCGUACCAAACCGACUGUGACUCUAACAAGAAGUUGCCCGCGAACUUGUGCUAAUCCGUUGAGCAACAGCAUGAGUUCGGCAGCCUCGAAUCUAGCUGACCUGACUGAAGCUGCCAAAAAAGCUGCUGCAUACGCCGCUGUGAAUGACCACGUCAUGGAUAACUACCGUCUGGGCAUUGGCAGCGGCUCAACCAUUGUCUACGCGGUGGAAAGACUUGCCCAGCGCGUCAGGGAAGAACAGUUGUCAGUCCAGUGUGUGCCGACAUCAUUCCAAGCCCGCCAGCUGAUCAUUAACAAUGGUCUGGUACUCAGUGAUCUCGAGAAAACACCCCAGCUGGAUGUUGCCAUAGAUGGAGCUGAUGAAGUCGACAGUGGCCUCAACCUCAUCAAGGGAGGAGGCGGCUGUCUCACGCAGGAGAAGAUAGUCGCCGCUAACGCCAAGUGUUUUGUCGUCAUAGCCGACUACAGGAAGAAGUCGAGUCACUUAGGGGAGCAUUGGGACCGCGGGGUACCCAUCGAAGUCAUUCCCCUGGCCUACAGGCCCAUCAUGAUCACCCUAGCCACACAGCUUGGGGGUGAGGCAGUACUCAGGAUGGCCAAGAGUAAAGCGGGCCCUGUGGUGACAGACAAUGGGAAUUUCAUCCUUGACUGGAAGUUCAAGGUGGUCCCUGAGAGCUGGGAGGCUGUCAAUCAGCAAAUCAAGAUGAUCCCCGGUGUGGUUGAAACUGGUCUGUUCCUCAAGAUGACAAGGCAAGUGUACUUUGGCAUGGAGGACGGCAGCACACAGUGCGUACCUGGCGAGUGAUCAGCGCUACACCGGGAGUCUGCCGCGAACCAGUAAAAAUUUUCUUGUUUUCCAUGGUGUUGAUGCAGCGCAGUGCUCUCUGUUGUGUGGUUGUGUACAUCAUGCCUGUGACAGUAGGGACAGAUGUAUACCUCAACCUGCCCUGUGGAGGCUCACAGAGGGGAAAAGUAAUACAGAUUGACGGUGGUUGGAAACCCCGAUUCUGUACAGUUUUGGCCAGGGUUCCCACAGAAACUGAAAACCAAAUUCUAUGACUUUUCCAGGACUCUCUAAGACAAGAGGUGUGACAGUUUUCAUGAUAUUCCAUGCUAAUUUGUUGAGAAAAGUUGUUCCGUAUUGUGAACUGGAAAACUGCCAUCGUCACUAAAAGGACAGCCUACAAAUUUACCAUUUUCCGUUAUCCUACCAAAAGCAGCCCAUUAAACUCUUUCCAGGACACCCUCUUUUCUCCCCCAAGUUUCCAUGAUUUGCAAGGGCAACCUUUUCCUAGGAUUUGCCAUGACCACGGGAAGCCUGUUCCAAGGAGGGCUAACUGUGUGGGUGUGGAAGUUCAAAAACAAGGUGUUGAAGGUUUCAGGCAAGUUCCUAGGAAGAGUCCACUAGGAGUCAGGGUUACUAUUUUGAAACGAGUCAGGUUCCAAAUAAUGUGUCUCCAAGAGGCACAUCUUUGACAUGCUUUUACUUUUUAUUUGUACAAUUUUACAAUGCACUUACAGUAUAUCUCUUCAUGGCACAAAUACUUGACCGUUAAACAGGUAAAAAUCAAGUGUUAAGAGAUUACACACAUACACGAAGUUACUGCUGUUACAGACAUGAAUCUUUGUUGCAAUGAGAACCUUCCAAAACUGAUAAAUAUUAGCAAGAAACCAAGAAAUCCUUAAAAUCAGUCAGUUAGUGAUAUUAGUGUAUACUGCUAGAGUUUUUUCUAAACACUAAAAUUUGGACCAGCUCGAACUGCAAAUGCCUUUUUUUCUCUGAUGUAGGAAAUUCUAGUUUUGCCGGUCAUUGCCAGUAGAGUGGGGGAUGUAUAAAAACCCUUGACGACAAACUGUUGGUGUUUGUUUCUCGGAUUAAGUAUCUACGAAAAUGUUAACAAUGGUGCUCAGGAAUUAUUAUUUUUUUUUUAAAAGACCUGUUAUGAACUUGAUUCAUAACUUGUUGCCUAGUUGCAGUGUUCCCUUCACAGUCAUCAUAUGAUGUAUUUUAUUUUUCGGCCAGCCCUACGGAAUAACUUGUUGAAAUACAAUCUCCUACAUCGGUGGUUUUCAUUAUUACCUUGAAACCUUAUCUCCCAGAAGUUUGUGACCGUAGUUAUGAAGAAACAGCGGUGACUGGUUUAAAACAAAUCUUGCUCAAGCAUGCAGUUAAAAAAAAACAGGCAAAUUAACACUGUCAUGUUUAUCCGGUGGUCAUAGGAUGUCACAAAUUGAAUUGUAGCCCAGCGCCCUCGGGCUAUAGUUAGCCAGAACAAUGGUGCCUUGGUCUUGGAACACAGACCGGUGUGUGUUUCCACAGGGCUGCACUUCCCAAGUAUAUAUUAUUUUAUAUCCUAUUUUUAGAUUGGACUGUACAGUAAAUAACAGAGAGGCAUAACUUGA